AUGCAGAUCGGAUACCGGCGUCACCUGGAACGCAAUGAUAUCUGGACAGUGUCAGACGCAAGGCUGAUGGAUACGCUCCAGCCCAGUCUUGACACCGCUUUUCGAAAACGAGUAUUGGCUCGCAAUCGCCUUCCUCUCCUAUGGGCGCUCUACGACGUCUUCAAGUUUGACUUUUGGCUCGGCGCUAUCAGCCAAUUCGUCGUGUCGACUCUACAAGUGAUGACUCCUUUCACGCUGCGAUUCCUUAUUGAGUGGGUUCAGCAUGCCUACCCCGACGGACACGACACACGCGGCUCUAAGCCGGUAGCAGUUGGCAUAGGAUAUGUUAUCGGUAUCGUAAUCUUGCAAAUGCUUCAGACUUUCGCCUCGAGUCAGUUUUACUAUCGGGGCAUGUUACUCGGUGGACAGACACGCAGUGCUUUGAUAGCCAUGGCGUUUAAUAAGUCACUGAAACUGUCCAAUAGAGCCAAGGCUGGAGGUCAAACAGGGAGUGAGGGCGCGAGUCCAUACGAUGACAUUCCCUGUCGGGUAGAUGAGAAAGGCUGGUCUAACGGACGUGUGAUGAGCCUGGUCUCCAACGACACCGCUCGCAUUGAGCAGGCGUUGGCAGCUUUCCACCUUUCAUGGCUUUCCCUCUAUCAGCUCAUAUUAACAGUCGCACUCUUGGUUUACAACCUGGGCUGGACAGCUCUUCCAGGAGCAGCCACUCUCAUCUUUGGUCUCGCCGCAGUGACAUACGCGACGAGACCGCUGGUGGCAAGCCGGAACCGCAUCAACAUAGUCACUGACCAGAGAGUCACACUUACGCAAGAGAUCCUCCAGAGUAUUCGUUUCGUAAAGUACUUUGGCUGGGAGGGAUUCUUUCAAAGCCGAUUGGGAAACAUCAGAGCGUCUGAAACCCGAGCCUUGCGCAUCAUGCACCUGAUCAGGUGCGCUGUAGGAACCCUCGCUCAGUUUUUGCCUGUACUCGCCAUCAUGAUCACGUUCAUUGUGUACGCGGUGGUGAAUGGCAGCCUUGAUCCAGCGGUUGUCUUCUCAUCCUUGGCGAUGCUGUACCUACUGCGUGUUCCGACCAACUGGCUGCCCGUAUCCUUGAGCCUUGCUGCUGAUGCAGUCCAAUCGAUCAAGAGGAUCGAGGACUUCUUACUUGCUGAAGAAGUACAAGCGCAUACCGUUCCAGACGCCAGCCUUGCUCCAGCUGUCAAACUCAGCAAUGCAUCUUUCACGUGGGAGAGCCCACCAGCAAACGAGGAGGGUGAGGCUAAAGAGAACAAAAACCGGCUGUCGAGAGCUAUAAGAAGGCAUCGAGCAGGGCAUGAAAAGAAGGGAGUCGAAACUUCAGAUACAGAAGUCCGCCCAGUCCGGGAUAGCGACGUGCCGUUCUCGCUGAACGAUAUUUCCUUAGAAUGUGAGAGAGGCGAGCUCAUCGGCAUCAUCGGAAGCGUUGGAUCCGGCAAGACGUCCCUUCUUAGCGCUCUCGCGGGAGAUAUGAGGCAGACGGGUGGCAUUUUGCAGUUUGCCGCUGACAGGGCGUACUGCCCACAGUAUGCUUGGAUCCAAAACGCUAGCGUGCGAGACAACAUCACCUUUGGGAAGCCUUUCGAUCAGAAGCUUUACUCUGAUGUGGUACAAGCCUGUGCUUUAUUACCAGAUUUUGAACUCCUUCCACAUGGUGAUAUGACAGAAAUUGGUGAGAGAGGAGUAACCCUGUCAGGGGGUCAAAAGCAACGCAUCAACAUCGCCCGCGCGAUAUACUCUGACGCUGGAAUCGUAAUACUCGACGAUCCGCUUUCAGCUGUUGAUGCGCAUGUAGGUACACAUAUAUUUAACGAGGCCAUCUGCGGUUUGCUCAAGGAUAAAUGCUGCUUCCUAGCAACACACCACUUGCAUCUACUAUCCCGGCUUGACAGGAUCAUCUGGAUGGUCGACGGACAUAUCGAGGCUAUAGGCACCUAUGAGGAAUUGAUGAAAUCUCACCCUGCCUUCGCCAGCCUGGUCGCCGUUGGAGGACAUCAGCAAAAGGAGGCCGAUAGCACUGAAGACAAGAAGGGUGAUUCCGUGGGCCCCAACAACACAACGACGAAAGCCGAAGUUUUGAUGCAGGAAGAGGCCAAGAUUGUUGAUAGCGUUCCCUUCUCUGUAUAUGUUUCGUGGUUGCGGGCUUCUGGAUCGCUGUGGAAUGGCCUUGCAAUGGUGGUUGGACAGCUCCUUUUCCGAGCCUCAAGCAUUUUGGGAGGCUUGUGGCUUUCGUGGUGGGUGGACAACAAGUACGGCCUUACCCGCGGUCAGAAUAUCGGUAUAUACGCUGGCCUGAGUCUCGCUCAAUGCGUACUAGUGUUCUCGUCUUCUCUCAUCACCUGCUUGACUCUUAGGGCCCCCAUGUCUUUCUUCGACACGACCCCUCUUGGUCGUAUCAUAUAUCGCUUCACAAGAGACAUUGAUGCUCUGGAUAACAACCUAGUCGUAGCUGUUCAGCAACUGCUAAUCAACGUAGCAGCGCUUUUAGGCUCCUAUGUUCUUAUAGUUGCCUACUUCUACUACUUUGCCAUCGCCCUGGUGUUUGGCGCGACAGCACUCUGGUGGUGUAUCUCCUACUACAGGAGCAGUGCGCGAGAGCUGAGGCGACACCAACUGAUACUCGACGGCGUGGUCUUUGCUCGUCUUAAUGAAGCUCUUAUUGGGGCUGCUUGUAUUCGCGCCUAUGAUCGGGAGCUUCAGUUCGUCAAAUUGGUCCAUGAAGCCAUCGAUGACAUGGACAGUGCCAACUUUCUGACGUUCGCCAGCCACAAUUGGCUGUCUGUUCGGCUUGACAACAUUGGCAUCUUGCUGAACUUGGUCACUGGCGUUCUCGUGGUCACCAACGCACUACCUGUUGCUCUCAGCAUCUCGGGUUUGUUGCUGACUUACAGCAUGUCCAUGGUUGGCAUGAUGCAGGUCGUGGUGAAGUAUCUGAUCGAGGUCAAUAAUUCCAUGUCGAAUACAGAACGCUUAUUCCAGUACACAAACUCUCUGCACCAGGAAGCUCCCCUCGACGGCGCCAGCGUGCGUCCUUCUUGGCCGGAGCACGGAGCCAUAGAGUACGAGGCUGUGCAGAUGCGCUACCGUCCUGGUCUUCCACUGGUGGUCGACAACUUUUGCCUGAGGAUUGCUGGGGGCGAGAGACUCGGGAUCGUUGGCCGCACCGGUGCUGGUAAAAGCACCAUUUUAUCAACUCUCUUCAGGCUGACAGAGAUUUCUGGCGGGCGUAUUACCAUCGAUGGUAUCGAUAUAGGCCAGAUUGGUCUUCACCGGCUCCGAAGCGCUUUGGCGAUCAUUCCACAAGAUCCUACUCUCUUCCAGGGCACUAUCCGCUCGAAUCUAGACCCUUUCAACAAACACACAGAUACUGAGCUAUGGCAUGCUCUCCGCAAGGCGCAUCUCCUCCCAGACAGCGAAAAGACAUUCGCCACGCCCGAGGGAGAAGCCCUGACAAGCAGUGUCUUGGAGAGGGAGGAUCCAGACUCUGGAAAACCUCGAGAGACGCGCGUGACACUUGACACGGCCGUCGAAACCGAAGGCCUCAACUUCUCUCUUGGACAGCGGCAACUGAUUGCGCUUGCUCGAGCACUCCUUCGUAACACGCGUAUCGUGCUGGUGGACGAAGGGACGAGCAGUGUUGAUCCUGAGACUGAUGCACUCGUGCAAGAGACACUGGCGACUGGUCUAGAAGGGAAGACGCUGAUUGCCAUUGCGCAUCGCCUUCGUACUGUGAUUCAGUACGACCGAGUGUGUGUUAUGGAUAAGGGUAGGAUUGUUGAGCUGGGGCCGCCGUUGGAGUUAUGGGAGCAAGGGGGCAUUUUCAGGGCUAUGUGUGAUAGCAAUGGCAUUACGCGGGAGAUGUUCACGAGUGUCUAG